CGCCGGUGGCCGGGGGACCCCCUGCCCGCCCUCCGCCUCUCCCGCCGGGCUGUGGAACUAGCGCGUGUCCCUUCGCCGGCCUCCGCGUCUCCUGUCUGUCCCCCACUCGUGGCGGGGCGCGGCUCGUGGUCUCUCAGUGGUGCUCUGCCCCACGCCGCUCGGCUGACCCGCUGGGGUGUCCGCCUCUCCCUGCCCGGCCGGAGCCUGAGGUCGUGGUUCAAAGAAAGGCUGGGCACCCCAUCGCCUCGGUGGGGUUGGCGGUUCUGCGCAUUUUACCUCCACUACCCCCGAGAUUGUCCUGUCUUUUAGUGAAGCCGGUUAGGUAAACGCGGAGGUCCCGCCGCACCGAGAGGGGGUCCUGCCUGUGAGGACCGAACAGUCCUGGGGCAACUCCAGCUGCUGUUGUCAGAAGCAGCAGCUGCAGCUGUGGGGCCAGAAAAAUUUAGGGAGACAUAUCCCUUCACCCAUGUAAAAGAGGGAGACUUGGACAGCAUCCGCUAAGACUCCCUUUAUUCUUCACAUCUCACGAGCCCGCAGUGAACUUCAACUUGAAGGAAGAGCUGCUGGUGCAGUGGGAAAACUUGCUGGGAGUCAGCAGGCCUGAGCAUCAAAAUCACUGACUUUCCGUGAUGUUUGGUGGUUAUGAGACUAUAGAAGCCUAUGAAGAUGACCUUUAUCGUGAAGAGUCAUCUAGUGAACUGAGCAUCGAUAGUGAGGUGGAAUUUCAGCUCUACAGCCAAGUUCAUUAUGCUCAAGAUCUUGACGAUGUCAUCAGGGAGGAAGAACAUGAAGAAAGGGACUCUGGGAAUUCUGAACCAUCCAGUAGUAAACCAAAUCAGAAGAACUUAAUUAUCCUUUCAGAUAGUGAAGUCAUCCAGUUAUCAGAUGGGUCAGAGGUCAUCAGUUUGUCCGAUGAAGAUAGUAUUUAUAGAUGUAAAAGAAAGAAUUUUAGUGUCCAAGCAAAAGAAAAAACCCAAGGUCCUCCUGCUUCUCUUCAUUCAAAUGAGUUGGAUGAUAAGAAAUGCAAGAGGGAUAGUGAGAAGCCUAAACCUGAAGAGAGAUCGGGUACAUUCCGAGAGGUCAUGAUUAUAGAGGUCAGUUCAAGUGAAGAGGAAGAGAGCACCAUUUCAGAAAGUGACAACGUGGAAAGCUGGAUGCUGCUGGGAUGUGAAGUUGAUGAUGAUAAAGACGAUGAUAUCCUUCUCAAUCUUGUGGGAUGUGAUAACUCUGUUAAUGAAGGAGAAGCUUGUGUAAACUGGUUCAUCAGUGACAAAGAUAUUGAGGCCCAGAUAGGUAAUAAUAGAUCAUCUGGAAGAUGGACUCACCGAUACUAUACAACCAACAAAAAUGUUACCUGUAGAAAUUGUGAUAAAUGUGGCCAUUUGUCAAAAAACUGCCCCUUUCCACAAAAAAUCCGUCCCUGCUGCCUCUGCUCCGAGAGAGGACACCUCCAGUAUGCCUGUCCAGCACGCUUUUGCUUAGACUGUUCUCUGCCCAUGUCUUCCACUCACAGAUGUCUUGAAAGAUCUUCCUGGAGAAAGCGCUGUGACCGAUGUGACAUGAAAGGCCACUAUGCUGAUGCUUGCCCAGAAAUCUGGAGGCAGUAUCACCUAACGACCAAACCUGGGCCACCCAAAAAGCCGAAGACCCCUUCCGGACAAUCAACCUUAGCGUUUUGCUACAAUUGCGGUCAAGGAGGCCAUUAUGGACAUGAAUGCACAGAAAGGCGGAUGUUGAACCAGACGUUUCCAACAUCUCCAUUCAUCUACUACUAUGAUGACAAAUACGAAAUUCGGGAGAGAGAACAGAGAAUAAAGCGAAAAGUGAAAGAACUCCAGAAAAGGGGGUAUUUUCCAAGGCAGUUCAAGAGGCCUCAUGUGGAAGCAACAAAUCAGAGGUCUCACCACAAUAUGAGGAAGAGCCAGGCCUCCUGGAGAAACAACAGAUGGCCUCACGAAAAGAAAGAAACCCAAAAAGAAUCGAUGAGCAGGAACAAUAGAGAGCGGGAAAAGCACAGGAAGGCUGACAGGUGUCAUGACGUGGAUGAGGACUUUCCCAGGGGCCCAAAAAUUCACUCUUCUCCCGACACUUGCAGAACCCAGGAGCCUCACAGACGCUUCCAGCAGUCGCGUCAUCACAAGCCAAGAGAAGAAAAGCUGCCCAAAGAGGGCAGGCGGGGCAAGCAUAAGAAAAAGGAGAGGUCCUUGGAAGAUGAUGACAGUGACAAUUUAUUUCUUAUUAAGCAGAGGAAAAAAAAGUCUAAACUGUGAGACAGUUUCUGAUUUGGCUUUCCAGCAUUUCUCUGGUCUUACGACAUUCAGGCAAUAUUUUUAUUAUCUGUGAUUAAAUAAAGUGCGUUUUUUUGGUUUGGGUUGUUUUCGUCUCAGCCACAUGGAGAGCUCCUGAGCAAAGACCAUUGGAAAUGCUGUGUCCAACGGGUUACUCGGGAAGAAAAGAGAAAGAUACACUUCGAUUCCCUCCGUUUCAGUCCACCAUUUUUCUUCAGAAUUUUAGAGCUAGAAAGAAUUAAUCAUUUCAAGAGAAUUUUUAAAAAAUACUUCGGAGACAUACAAGCUCAUUAAGUGUAAUUCAUCUGUACUAUGGUUAUGUAAAUUAAAUCUUGCAGCAAGAUAAGCCUAACAGAACUAUGAGACAUUCAUCGAUCUUUUUCAGCAAUUUGUAACUUUUCUUUUUGUAACAUUGGAAAGGGUAACAGCUGUAAACGUUAAGUGCAGUGUUUCCUGCUUCAGAAGCUGGUGUCAGAAUCCUCCCUUGGUCAGAGCACCACAGGCUGGAAAAUGAAGGUGGCAUCAUUGAAGCCCUGGAGGGGUAGGGAAUAGGACUGUAACAAAAUGCCAGUAAGGAAUCCAUCCAGUGUAAAUGUCGCGAGAUAGAUUUCCUGAAGUAAGUGAAAAAGAGGUCAUCAAAAAAUUAACGUAAUCACAAUGAUACAGGUUUUACCAUCUUUACAGCCACACUUCAAGAAGACUGUCACUCAGCUAUAUAGAGAUAAAUGUUGCCCAACUUAAAAAAUUGUUUUGUUUUUAACUGCAAAGCUGGACAAAGCUGUCCAGAAAUUUUUGUACUUGUGAAUCUUUUGUACUUAUCAAAGCCUAAUGUUAGAAUAAAAAAAUAAAUAAAAUCUCUGAAGUAGGGUAAAUAAAUGUGUCUGAUAUGUAAAAAGAUAAAGACAGUUUGGGUGACCGAGGGCAUACUUGGGUUGGACAAGUGACUAAAGUUAUAAAAUCUCCAUAAACAGGGGUUAAAAAAUGCCGUUGUUGACCACGCACAAGUUCUAUGCCAGAAUAAAAUGAGAUGGAAUCAGUUAACUGGGACAGUUUUAUAGUGUUAGAUUCUUAAAUGUGUUUUUUUUCCUUUGUGAAGUACACAAAUGCUGUAUAUCUGGUAAGAUCAGCCCUCUUACCUUUUGGGGGCAAAGGGAGAAUCUCACUUCCCGAAUCUGCUUUCGUGUAAGUUGUCAGUCCACAGUCUGUAGUCCACAGCUGCCCGGUGGCUGCCCAGCUUUUAGCUAAGUGUAAGGGCUCAUUGUGUUGGUGCUGGCUUCCUAACAUUAGCGGGGAUUGUUUUGACCCUAAGUUAAGUGACCAGAUCCUUUUAACAUCCUGCUAAAAGUUCCAGCUGGCUUCCUAGAGUGGUACACCUCAGAUAAUAGGCAUUAUUCCUCAGUAGGACCUGGGCCAAGUGUGGCUUAUUACUGAUGUGGUGGGAGUGGCAUUCCGUCUCAUCCAAGGGCACCUGCAUUCAGGGCAGAAAUGGGACUGCCAUGCUGUAGCGUCCAUCACACAUAGAAGGUUGUUUGGAGGAAGAAAGAAAGAAAGCUCUUUUUCUAUUUGUUUCUGCACAUUCUCUUAUUUUUCCUCCCCACUUUUAUUCUUUUAUUACACAAACAUUUUGUUCUGGGGUGUAACUUACCCUUCAGGUUUAUGCAUUGAUAUGCCGAAAGGCGAGGCGACUGAGCUCGUUUACUUGUGGGCAUUAGGAUGGUCAGGAAAGACUAAACACAGAGGAGCCUCUCCUCCAUUUCUUCUUCAUUGGCCCUGGCGCCUGGCUUUUACAGCAAGUGUUCAGUACAAGUCAGUCAGUCUGCGCACACACUAACUUUCUAUACAAGAAUGGGGCGUUGAAAAUAUAGAGAGAUUUCACAAUCAAAGACUUUAAGUGCAUAUGUACAAUUAAGAGAGGAAAAGCAGAUGUCCCAAACCAUAAAGACCCGUGUAUUUGCUAGGACUGAGAAGACGCUAAACAUCUAUUGCCUCUGACCCCACUUUGAUUAGAAGCAGCUUGAGUGACUCUUUUCCUGGAUUCUAGCUUGGUUCACAUUUAACAUUCUUAGGAGAGAAACCAUCUCGCGUUCUCUCAAUGGAAAGCCCUUUGUCGACCGUGCUAUUGGGAGUACCUGUUAUUUCAGAA